GGAGGAAUGGGGGACCGAUGUGAGCUGCAAAGAUGAGGAAGAAGAAAAUAAGGUUAUGUAGUUCGGUUUACUCAAAAUUGGAAGUUGUUGGAAAAAAGAAAGGAAGGAGAAGGACUGACAAUCAACAAGGGGAAGGGAGGGCAGAUCCAGAAUUUGUAGCAAGCCCAAAUGAAGAAAUUGCAAGUGAAUCCAUUGCCGACAGCGGAAUUCAGAAUUGCAAUCGAGCAUGGAGGAAGAAAAUGAGCAACCAGUUUGCUAAGGAAAUUUGGGAUUUAGCAAAGCAGCUUGGAGCUACAGUAGAGAAUGAAGAAGAUAUCGUGCAGAGGAUUGAGAAAAUGGAGAGCAUAGACAGGAAAACAAAGACAGAAUUGGGAAGGCAGGGAGCCGAUGAUGCAAAGAAGGAGACUAAAAUGGUGGUAAUUGAUAGAGGUAUCUAUAGAAAGUUAUGGGGUUAUGAUGAUUUUGAUUGGGUAUUCAAACCUUCAGAAGGGAUGUCCGGAGGCCUUGGGGAGGAUCUGACGCCUGUAAAUAUUUUGAAUGUCUAUUCCCCAUGUCAGCUGACGGGUAAGAGAGCCUUAUGGGAGGAGGUAUUGAAUCUAAUUAGGAGCAAAAAAGGCAAAUGGUGUAUAGGAGGUGACCUUAAUGCUGUAAGAAGUGUAGAGGAACGGGCAGGAUGCAAGGAGGUAUCGAGGGAAAUGAGUGAGUUUAACUGUUUCAUUCAUGAUGCGGGAUUAGUUGAUUUACCACUAUUGGGUAGAAAAUACACUUGGUACAACCCUAAUGGCCAAAGCAUGAGCAGAAUUGAUAGAUAUUUGUUGUUAGAAGAAUGGCUUAUGAAGUGGAGUGAUGUAAAGCAAUGGGGAUUGAGAAGAAUAGUGUCAGAUCAUUGCCCUGUCAUGCUGAAGAAUGUGAGGACAGAUUGGGGACCAAAACCAUUUAGAUUCUUUGAUGCAUGGCUGGAACAACCAGGUUGCAAGGAAAUGAUCAGUAAAGUGUGGAGAUCAACAAUGAUUAAUGGAUGGAAGGGCUUCGUUCUCAAAGAAAAACUAAAAAGAACCAAGCAAGCAUUGAAAGAGUGGAGUGGUAGAGCUAUGGAAGAGGUAGAUUGUAAAAUAAAUGAGGCAGAAAGAGAGAUAGCAGCAAUCGACAAGAGAGGAGAAGAGGCACAACUCUCGGCAAAGGAUAGUCAUAUGGGGGUGGCUCAGAUAAGGGAAGAGGUGGCAAAGUACUUCGAGAAGUUGUUCACAGAAGAAAAAUGGAACAGACCAAAGCUUGACGGCAUUAAUUUCAAACAGAUAUCCCAGAUAGAGAAUGAGCUCCUCAAGGCACCUUUCACUGAAGAGGAAAUUAGAAAUGCAGUGUGGGAUUGUGAUUCUACGAAGUCACCUAGGUCGGACAGUUUUAACUUCAGAUUCAUUAAAGAUAUGUGGGAGGAUAUUAAAGAUGAUGUUGUGGGGUGCAUUCAAGAAUUCCAUGAGCAAGGAAGGCUCGUAAAAGGGUCAAACCCUUCUUUCAUUGUUCUAAUCCCAAAGGUGGAAAACCCACAGCGAAUAGAAGAAUACAGACUCAUCUCACUUAUUGGGAGCAUGUAUAAGAUCAUCGUGAAGUUAUUAGCAAACCGACUUCGGAAAGUGCUGGACAGAAUUAUUGGGGAGCAGCAAAUGGCGUUCAUACGUGGAAGACAACUUGUGGAUGGUGCAAUAAUUGCAAGGCCAAAUGGCUUAGUGUCAUCCACAAUUGAGAAGGAACUGUAUAAGGGGGUGCCGAUUGGCGGCGGUGAGGUGACGAUCACCCAUUUACAAUUUGCGGACGAUGCAAUUUUUUUUGGGGAGGCAUCAGAAGACAAUAUAGGGGUGAUCAAAUGUAUCAUGAGGAUGUUUGAGCUGGCCUCGGGUUUGAAAAUUAAUUAUGGGAAGAGUCAGAUAGUGGGGGUUGAAAUAGAGGAAGGAUGGAUUGAGAAAAUGGCGUAUAAGCUGUGUUGCAAGGUGGGAGAGUUCCCUAUGAAAUACCUAGGAAUUCCAAUUGGUGGGAAUCAUAGAAAAUUAGCAAUGUGGCAGCCAUUGGUGGAUUCUUUUAAAAGGAAAUUAGCUUGCUGGAAAGGACGGCAUCUUUCUUUCGCAGGUUGGGUCACGCUCAUUAACUCUGUGUUGUCUAGCUUGCCUGUGUUCUUGAUGUCAGUCUACCUCAUUCCAAAAGAACAAGGAGGGCUGGGAGUGAGGGAUUUGAGAAAAUUUAACUUGGCGUUGAUGGGAAAAUGGUGGGGGAGAUUAGCGACAAAAGGAGAAGGCUUAUGGAAGAAAGUUAUUGUUGGGAAAUAUGGGGAGGGAGGAGGACAUUGGCUUGAUUGGGUGAGAGAUGGGAGAAGGAUAGGCUCGAUAUGGUGGAGAGAUGUUCAUGCCCUUAAUAGGGGAGACAGGAUGAAUGUAGGGUGGUUGUUAGAGGGGUUUAGGAUUAAGGUAGGUGAGGGGAAAAGGGUGAGUUUCUGGUGGGAUGAGUGGUGCGGGGAGGGUUGCCUUGCUAAUAAGUUCCCUAGAUUGUAUUUAUUGUCAACAGGUAAAGAGAGGGAAUGCUAUCAAAUGGGUAACACUCAAUGUGGCACAUGGAAAUGGGACUUAUCAUGGAAAAGAAGCCUAUUUCAAUGGGAGGAAGAGGAGGCAAAUGAGCUCUGCAAGAUGAUAGAGGAGGUGAAGCUCUACCCAGGAUGUCCAAAUGAAUGGGAAUGGAAGUAUAGCAAGGAUGGCCUAUACUCAACCUCAAUUGCGUACGUGAUGUUAACAAAAGAGGAAAGGGGAAUGGUUGAAACAAAAUUCUUCAAGAGGGUAUGGAACCCUAUUCUCCCAAGUAAAAUUGCUGCGUUUAAUUGGAAAGUAAUGAUGGAUAGAAUUCCAACCACGCUGAAUUUGGUAAAGAGAGGAGUCAUCAAGGACACAGGAGAUGGGAAAUGCACAUUGUGUGAGGUUGAGGAUGAGGACAUUAAUCACUUGUUUUUGAAUUGCAAUGUAGCUAGGUGGUUAUGGAUGGCUUGUGCUAAUUGGUGGGGGAUUACCAUCAAGUUAGACAAGGACUGUAGGAAAACCUUUGAAAAUUUCGGGACAUGGACUAAACAUCAAAGCAUUAGAGAAGGAUUGGACUGCAUUUGGAACACAAUGGUAAAGACAAUUUGGUUUCACAGAUGGGACGGUGGUUCAAUGGCAGUUGGAUAUGGAAUUUGCAGUGGAGGAGAAGGUUAUAUAGCUGGGAAGUUCACGAAGAAGCAAAAAUCUUGAAGGAAAUCUAGGAAACAACAAUCAUGAAAGGAAAAACUGAUGUAUGGGAGUGGGUUCAUAGCAACAAUGAGGUAUACACAACAAAAUCUGCUUACAAGG